GUUGCUGAUCCAGUUUCAGUAAGAUUAUUACUGACAAUUCGUUUAGCAGAAAAGUAGACUUAUGCUAUAAGAACAACCUGUUUUCUGCAAAUUCAAUCCUCCCUCCAUUCCUCGUCGUUGAUUGUAUUUCCUUUGUUGCCAGAGUGGUGGUUUAUUAGCGUUGAAUCUCAACAGCACAGUCACGUAUAUAAUGGCAGGUAAAAUAGCACUACUAAUAGUCGAUUUACAGGAAGACUUCCUUCCACCCAACGGAUCAUUGGCUGUUGCCAAUGGUCGUGAAAUCAUCAAACCGAUCAUUGAUCUUCUAAUGUCCAAGAAGUACAAGUGGGAUGCAGUAAUUGCUACCAAAGAUUGGCACCCUUCUGACCACAUUUCUUUCGCCAAAACACAUGCCGCGGAACCUUACACGACAAAAGUUCUCUCUAGUCCGGACCGCUCCGGUAAGACCAAACUGCAUACCUUAUGGCCUGUUCACUGUGUUCAGAACACUGUCGGAUCUGAGUUUCCAAAAGAGUUUAAUGAUGUGUUUGAAAAAUGGUUGAGCUCGCAAAGUGUUCCGACUAAGAUUGUUCUUAAAGGAUAUCUUCAGGAUAGAGAGUACUACUCGUGCUUCGAAGACGUGUGGGGGCUCCACAAGACUGAAUGUGCCCAGUAUCUGAAGGACAAUGGCAUAACUGAGGUUGUUGCCGUGGGUAUUGCAUACGACUUUUGUGUGCUGAAUUCAUGCAUAGACUCCGCCAAGAAUGGUUUCAAAACCUACGUCAUCAAAGAUUUCACGAAAUCCGUUUUCCCCGAUAAAGACGAAAAAACUACGGAAAACUAUGAAAAGCACAAUGUCACAGUCAUUACGUCCGAUAGUGAGAUGCUGAAGCGUUGGCAAGUAUAAAAAUCAGCCCGUCAGGGGGUCUUGAAGCGUUACCAGUAGCUAAAUAUAUACCACUUCUAUAUUUCUUCGUAUGGAGAAAUCUUCCUUUCUUCCAAAAUAAAUUAAUAAAUGAGCAGAUCUGUAGAUUUGUACGUAUGUAGUGUA